AAAAGCCACAAUGAUUUCAACUCGUAAAGACUAUCAUACUAACUCGAUUACAAACAAGUCACAAUCAUCUACUCAUAUCAACCGAUCUCAACUCAUCUGAUCUCCACUACCAUUAAUUUGAGUGCAGAAAAUUUAUUGGGGCAGUGGGGCAUUGAUUGAGAUUUGAGAGUGAAGUUUUGCGUGCUUACAGCGACUCUCGAAUCCUCGAUCCAACCACGCCCUUUAUUUAUCCUCCAAUAAAAGACUAAAAGCGUGUCCACAAGUAGCUCAUUCAUCUACAUAUUUCCAAUAAAUCCAAUAGAAGAAGAAGAAGAAGAAAAUGGCGAAGAUUCACCUAGUUUUUAUCCCAGCAUGGCCAGCAGGCCACAUAGCCUCAAUGCUGCAAUUUGCCACAAAACUCCUCCAAACAUCCAACAACCUCACGAUCACGACUCUCCUCAUAAGAUCCCCCUCUCGACCCUUCUCCUCGACCGACGCCGACAGCCCCGAAGACUUCCUCUCUCUUUACCUCCAAAGCCACAGACCUCACUUGAAACACUUCGUCUCCUCAUCCUCAACCCCCGUCUCCGCUAUCUUCAUCGAUUUAUUCGCAACCGCACUGCUCGACGUAGCAAACGAGCUCCGUAUUCCUUCUUACGUCUACUUCACUUCAACCGCUCUCAUGUUAGCGUUAAUGCUUCACUUGCCAGCUCUCGAAGAAAAAAUAACCGGAGAGUUCGAGGACGUCGAAGGAGGAAUCCCUUUGCCCGGGGUAGAGGCGAUACCGGGGAGCUCAAUGCCAAGCCCGUUUAUGAGGAAGGAGAGCAAGGCGUAUACGUGGUUUGUGUAUCACGGGAGGAGGUAUAGAGAGGCAAAAGGGAUUGUCGUCAACACGUUUGAGGAGUUGGAGAGUCGAGCGCUGAGGCUGUUGGGUGAGGGUUUGUUUAUACCGGAUUGCUCGACGCCGAAGGUUUUCCCGGUUGGUCCUGUUUUGGCGACUGGAGAGGGCGACGAGGGAGGGUUGAGCAAGCACGAGUGUGUUCGGUGGUUGGAUCAGCAGCCGCCGGGGUCUGUGGUGUUCUUGUGUUUUGGGAGUAUGGGAUGCUUUGAUGCUGCCCAGGUUAGUAAUCGAUCGCAAUGUUUCGCUGAUUACUGUAUGUGUUGUCGUAAGUUUAUCCUUGCUAUAUUUCGGAUGGAUAAAAGAUUAAUUAAUCCGUUAGGUUAAGUUUAUUUUAGCAAUACAACGGAAGGUUUAACCGUAUAUCAACAAUGGGAAGAAGGAAAAUGAAAGAAAAACAAGCACGUAGAUAGACCACAUCGAUUUAAUGAGGUUUGGUGAUGAAUGUUUUGAUUAUGUUCUCAGAGCACAAACCAGGUCACGGUUCCACUAACAAUCCACAAAGUACUACGAACAGCUUUCUCGAAUGCAAAUUGAUGGGAGGUUGAAAGAUUUGUCGCGCGCCUUUGCGGAAG